AAAUUAUUCCAAAAAUGAUAGACCCAUUAUCAAAUGAUGUUUGCAUGAUUGGGAUUUAUGGACUUGGAGGAAUUGGGAUCUCCUGAAGACCCUGGAAAAUGCAGCAGAUUGUGCUAUCCAGAGAUUGUAUAUCGUGUAUUGACAAAAAAAAUGGGAACAGAGGCAAUUGAAGGCAUACUUCUAAACUUGUUCAGAUUGACGCGGAUACACAUCAUUACUGAAGCCUUUUCAAUGAUGAAGAAUCUUAGAUUGCUCGAAAUCUUUUGGGACUUUGGAUCUGCUUCUGAGGGAGGACGAUAAAGUAAAGCUAUCUAAAGACUUUGAAUUCCCUUCUUAUGAGCUAAGAUAUCUCUAUUGGCAUGGAUAUCCUUUGGAAUCUUUGCCAUCAAGUUUUUAUGCUGAGGACCUUGUUGAACUUGACAUGUGUUACAGCAACUUGAAACAACUUUGGGAAAGUGACAUGCUUCUUGAAAAGUUAAAUACUAUCAGAAUCAGUUGCUCUCAACACCUCAUCGAAAUUCCAGACUUCUUAAUUAGUGCGCUAAAUCUGGAGAAACUAAUUCUUGAUGGUUGUUCAAGUUUGAUGGAAGUUCACCCAUCUAUUGGAAGGCUGGACAAGCUUAUUUUAUUGAAUUUGAAAAAUUGCAAAAAGCUUAGAAGUUUUCCGAGCAUCAUUGACAUGAAAAUGCUUGAAAUUCUUAAUUUCUCCGGCUGGUCAGAGCUCAAGAAGUUUCCAGAUGUUCAUGGUAAUAUGGAACACUUACCAGAGCUUUAUUUAGCUUCAACUGCUAUUGAAGGACUUCCCUCUUCAAUUGGGCAUCUCACUGGACUUGUUUUAUUGGAUCUGAAAAGGUUCAAAAAUCUUAAAAGUCUUCCCACAUGUUCUUGUAAGUUGAAAUCCCUUGAACAUCUCUUUCUCUCUGACUGUUCAAAACUAGAGAGCUUUCCGGAAAUGAUAGAGCAUAUGGAAUGUUUAAAAGAGCUUCUUUUAGAUGGAACAUCUAUAGAAGUGCUACCCUCUUCAAUUGAACAUCUAAAAGGCCUUGUUUUACUGAAUCUGAGGAAAUGCAAGAAGCUUGUGAGUCUUCCAAGUGGCAUGUGUAGUUUGAAGUCUCUUGAAACACUUAUUGUCUCAGGUUGUUCACAGCUAGACAAAUUGCCAAAGAAUCUUGGGAGCCUGCAAGGUCUAGUGCAGCUCCAUGCAGAUGGAACUGCUGUAACACAGCCACCUGACUCAAUUGUGCUUUUGAGAAACCUCUGAGCAUUGAUCUAUCCUGGAUGUAAAAUAAUAGCACCCACCUCACUUAGUCCGCUCUUUUCAUUCUGGUUAUUGCAUAGAAAUAGUUCAGAUGGGAUUGGUUUGCGCUUGCCCUCUUUUCCAUAUUUAAGCUCCUUCACAAAUUUAAACCUAAGUGACUACAAACUAAUGGAAGGAGCAAUCCCUGAUGGUAUUUGCUCCUUGAUCUCAUUGAAGAAAUUAGAUCUAAGCAGAAACAAUUUUCUAAGCAUACCUGCUGGCAUCAGUGAACUUACUAACCUAAAAGACCUUCGGUUGGGGCAGAGCCAGAAUCUCAUAGAAAUUCCAGAGCUUCCAUCAUGUGUCCAAGACAUAGAUCCGUACAAUUGCACAUCCCUUUCAGCAAGCUCAUCUGGUGUAUGCACGUUGCAGUGGCUACAAUUUCUAUUCUAUAAUUGCUCCAAACCAGUUGAGGACGAAUCCAGUGUUUCCUCUCUAACUACUUUGGCUGUUGUGAUGCAAAAAUUUCUUGAAAACAUUGCAUUUAGCGUUGUUUUUCCUGGUAUUGAAAUUCCUGAGUGGAUAUGGCAUCAGAAUGUGAGAUCUUCUAUAAAAAUAGAGCUACCUACAGAUUGGUAUAAUGAUGACUUCUUGGGAUUUGUUGUCUGCUCAGUUCUUGAACAUUUCCCUGGGAAAAUUACAUGCCAUUUGAAUUCUGAUGUUCUUGGUUAUGGAAAAAUAAUGAAAGACUUCAGUCAUGAUUUACAUUCGAAAGGCAACAAUGUUGGGUCCAAACACGUCUGGCUGGGUUAUCAACCACUUGUUCAGUUGAGAUUGUUACCAUUCAUUGACCCCAAUGACUUGAGUCAGAUUGAGCUUUCUUUUGAAGCAACCAACAGAUUCAGCUCAAGAGCCUCCAAUGUGGUGAAGAAGUGUGGGGUACGUCUUAUAUAUGCAGAAGAUCUAGAAGGAAUCCAUCCAGAUAAUAUACAAUACAGCUCAAGAGUAGGGUAUGAUGUAGUCAAGAGAAGCAGUGACAGGGAAGGAUCCAAUGGAUGUGGAAGGGGCUACAGUUCUAGUGGCUGCAGUUACAAACCCACCAACAAUCCCAUGCUCAAGCUCAAGCACAAACCUCUCCAAGAUGACUACCAUCAUCCAAUCUCUUCUUUCAAUAAAAUUUUCUCUUCUGUUGAUAUGGCCAUGCAUGCUUGAAUCGGUGAUAAUUUUGUUUGUCCAUGAUUAUCCAUGAUCCUAUGGCUCUGUGGACUUUUCAGGUGAGUCUUCUUUCACUUAUAAAGUUAUAUUUAUUAAAGCAACUGAAAUUCCUUUAAUUGAACUUCCUCUACUCUUCAUUCCAUCUCUUUUAUUCAGCAACUGACUUUGUAAACUCUUUAUUGCAUUUCCCUUGCUCCUUAAUGAAAGCUUGCAUCAUGGCCUCAAGAGAAGAUGAUGUAGGAGGCUAAGAAAA